AUUGUAUAAGAACUGGAGCUUCUCCUCUUUUGAACUUACUCUUCCACAGACACGUCCCCUGGAGAGACUGCAGCGAUGGCUUCCCCCGGUGCGUGCAUGAGCAUCCUCAACGCCCGUAACACCAAAAACGGCUACGGGACCUUCGCCAAACCCGAGGCGUUUCUCGGCCAAGACUACGAGUCGCUGAAACAGUACUGUCUCAUCCAAGGGGUGAGGUUUGUCGACAAAAUGUUCCCCCUCGACGAGAGGUCCAUCGGGGGAGGUCUGCUCGAACCUGCUGAGUUGAGCCGAGUGGAGUGGCUCAGACCCGCGAAACUGGUUCCAAAUCCAUCUUUUGAAACUGCCGGGAUUUCCAGGUUUGACUUUGGUCAAGGACUCGUUGGAAACUGCUGGUUUCUCGCGUCCAUCGGACCUCUGACGUUGCAGAGAGACAUCUUUCAGCAAGUUGUUCCUCUUGACCAAAGGUUUGAUGAGAAAUACUGCGGGCUGUUCCACUUCAGGUUUUGGAGAUUUGGAAAAUGGGUGGACGUCGUUAUUGAUGAUAAACUACCAACACUUGAUGGAAGACUGAUCUUCGUUCGGUCCAAAGACCCGACUGAGUUCUGGCCUGCUCUGCUCGAGAAGGCCUAUGCCAAAGUGUGUGGCUCCUACUCGGACAUGAAUUCCGGAACCCCCGACGAGGCUUUGGUGGACUUCACCGGAGGUGUUCACAUGUGUAUUGAACUACAAGACGCUCCUCGAGACCUUUGGGAACUGAUGUGUAGAGCCGGCCGGUCCAAGUGCCUGAUGGGCUGUGGUACACCGCAGGGGGAGACAGCCAAAAACAACGUGUUACCCAAUGGAUUGGUCCAAGGCCACGCCUACGCCGUCACGGCGGUCAAGCAGAUGAUGAAUAAUGGAAAACCGGUACAGCUGGUACGUCUGUGGAACCCCUGGGGCGCAGGAGAGUGGAACGGAGCUUGGAGUGAUAAGUCGUCUUUGUGGCAAACGGUGAGUCCUCAAGAUCGUGAGAUGUGCCUUUCAAUACGUGAUGAUGGGGAGUUUUGGAUGACCCUGGAGGACUUCUGUAAAUUCUACUCAAUACUUGACAUCUGCUGCCUGUGUCCCGAUUUCCUGGAUGGAGAGUCUUCAUGCCAUUGGAAGACCGCCUACUAUGAAGGACGAUGGGUUGCAGGAACAACUGCUGGAGGAUGCAUGAACAACAUCGACAGUUUCUGGACUAAUCCACAAUAUCGUUUCAAGAUUGAUGAAUUGCUCAGUGAAUGUUCUUCGGAGCAGGGUGAGAAGAACAUGCUGGUGUCUCUCAUGCAAAAGCCCGACAAGAGAAACAGACGCGUGGCCCAAAAUCUCCCCAUUGGAUUCUCUGUUUUUGAGGUGACUGGAGAGUUCAAGGCACAGAGGGGGAAGUUCCCAACCGCUUUCUUCAGGAGGAACGGACCUGUUGCUCAAACUAAAGCCUACAAGAACGCGCGUGAGGUGAUGGCGUUCGUCGCACUGAAGCCCGGCGAAUACCUGAUUGUGCCGUCAACCUACAAUCCAAAUGAGUCGGCCUCCUUCAUCCUGACAAUCGUCUCCAAGGCAGAGACCCACAUCCAGGAGAACUCCGGUGGGCAUGACCACGCGCAGAAGGAUGUCCAAGAGCCCAACCCGAUCGAGAAUGGAGUGGUGGACGAGACGAAGAGAACCGUGUUCCGUCAGUACUCUGACAUGUAUGAGGAGGUGGAUGCCGAGAAGCUCCAGAAGCUUCUGAAUGAACACAUCCUAAAAGGAGACAUGAAAUCUGGAGGCUUCAGCAUUGACGCCUGUCGCAGCAUGGUUGCUCUGAUGGACGCAUCCAUCACCGGAAAACUGAAUGACGGGGAAUUUGUUAAUUUGUGGAACAAGGUCAUCGGGUACAAGGAGGUUUUCUUCCGCUCGGAUGUGUCACGAUCAGGAACACUUUCCCUCAUUGAGCUGAGGAACGCAGUCAUGGCCUCAGGAAACCCCAUCAGCGACAGCAUUCUGAACCUGAUGGCGCUGCGCUACGGCACCUCCUCUGGACACAUCACGCUGGAGAGCUUCAUCAGUCUCAUCCUCCGCUUUGACCGCGUGAACCAUAUCUUCAAACUUUUGUCGAAUGGAAAGGACAUGACUCUUCGCGAGCAAGAGUGGCUGUACCUUUCGAUGUACACCUAAUCUGACCGAGGUCGGCUACCAAAGGUGUUCUUUUGCAAAAGAAAUUUUACGUGUUAAGUCUGUAAGAUUUUAGUUGGACGUGUUGAAAUAAGCAAAUCACUUUGUACUUUACGAAAUAAAUGCACUAUCCAAACCUGUUUAUGUGUCUAAUGAAUAUAC